AUGAAGUGUGCCUUGAAGCUUAAUGAUCCGUCCCUUCUCCAUGAAGCAUCGUUGUUGAAUGGAGAAUGGGUUCAGGCCAGCUCAGGCAAAACAUUCGACGUUGAAGACCCUGGAUGCGGUGACGUUUUUGCUACCUGUCCCACGAAUGAGGUCGCGGAUGUGGACAAAUACGUUGUGUCUUCUCAGCGGGCGUUUGAGACCUAUCGCCAUGUGAAUCCAAGAGUCCGAGGCAAGAUUCUCCUCAAAUGGCACGACCUCAUCGCGGCUGCCAGAGAUGACAUAGCCAAGAUAAUGGUCUAUGAAACCGGCAAGCCUAUGGCAGAAGCAUUAGGAGAGGUAGACUACGCGCUUGGCUUUGCGUGGUGGUUUGCUGGAGAGGCAGAGCGAAUUCGAGGUUCUGUCGCCCAGCCCUCUGUCUCAGACCGUCGCACAUUCGUCAUCAAACAGCCCAUCGGUGUCAGUGUGGCCCUUGUUCCAUGGAACUUUCCGGUUGCGAUGAUUAUUCGCAAAGUCGCUGCAGCACUCGCUGCCGGUUGCUCGAUGGUGGUCAAGCCAUCUCCUGAAACUCCUUUGAGUGUAAAUGCCCUUGGGGAUCUUGCCCUUCGAGCUGGGCUUCCGGCAGGUGUCCUCAACAUCAUAUCCACUGACAAUGAAAACACACCAUCCGUUAGUGAAAGACUUUGCAAGCAUCCGCUUGUCCGAAAGGUGACCUUUACUGGUAGCACCCGCGUGGGCAGCAUCGUGGCCAAGCACUGCAGCGAAGGUCUUAAGAAAGUCACCAUGGAACUGGGAGGCAACUGCCCAUUCAUCGUCUUUGACGACGGGGACCUCCAGCAAGCAGUGGCUGCUUUGAUGAUUCUCAAGUGGCGGACGGCCGGGCAAGCAUGCACGCACGCCAAUCGCGUCUACGUUCAAACAGGCGUUUACGAUAAGUUCACUGAGAUGAUGCUAGAAGCAACUCAAAAGAUCAAAAUUGGACAUGGGUCAGAUCCAAGCAGCACGAUGGGUCCACUGACAACCAGCCGUGGCGUCGAGAAGCUCGAGCGGUAUGUUGCUGAUGCUGUGAACCUUGGCGGCAAGAUUCUCUGUGGUGGAAAGAAGCCCGCUGGUCUAAGUGGUUACUUCUUUGAGCCAACCAUCAUUUCUGGCAUGACUUCGGAAAUGCUCAGUGCCAGGGAGGAAAUUUUCGGGCCUCUCUUGGGUCUGUAUAAGUUCGAUACAGAAGAAGAGGCCGUGAAAAUGGCGAAUGAUACUUCAAUGGGCCUCGCCUCCUACUUCUUCACGAAAAAUGUGGAUCGUACUUGGAGGUUGUUGGACAAUCUUGAAGCAGGCAUGAUUGGGAUGAACACAGGCAACUCUUCUGGAGCGGAGUCGCCUUUCGGUGGAAUUAAAGAGUCCGGUUAUGGAAAGGAGGCAGGCAAGGACGUCGCUAUUGAAGAAUACUUGAUCUCAAAGACGGGAACGUUGACUGUCACAAGCUUGGCCUGA